AGUUCGUUCCGGCCCUGAAGAUCGGGUAUCUGUAUACGUACUGGGGACCGCUUCUGUUUGUUUUGGCCGUUACGAUAUCGAAGGAGGCGUUUGAUGAUAUAGCUCGUUUUAGGAGAGAUAAAGAAAUCAACAACUCGACGUACAAACGAAUCACCGCCCAGGGAGAAGUAGACAUUACGAGUGGUGAAAUCUCGGUAGGGGAUAUAAUCGUAGUACACACUAACCAGCGCGUUCCGGCUGACAUGGUCUUCCUGCGCACGACAGAGAAGAGUGGAGCCGCUUUUAUUCGUACGGAUCAAUUAGACGGAGAAACCGACUGGAAACUGAGGAUAGCGGUGCCUGUGACACAGGCCUUACAAACAGAUCAAAACUUAGUUCGCCUACGGGCGUGUGUGUUUGCUGAUAAGCCGAUGAAAAGCAUACAUGAGUUUGUGGGCACAUUUACGACCUACAAUGAGUUAUCUGGGUCUGAACCUCAGGUCGAACCACUGACAAUAGACAAUACCCUAUGGACCAACACAGUACUGGCGUCUGGAACGGCCGUGGGUGUGGUGGUAUACACCGGCAAGGAAUCCCGAUCAGUCAUGAACACAUCCCAACCACACACCAAAAUGGGUCUGCUCGACGAGGAGAUCAAUUUCUUAUCCAAGGUGUUGUUUGUGUUGACGAUGGCUCUGGCGCUGGUUCUGGUGUCGCUCAAAGGGUUUGACGGCGAGUGGUACAUAUAUCUUUUCCGGUUCGUUCUGCUGUUCUCGUAUAUCAUUCCGAUCUCGCUGCGAGUGAAUCUGGAUAUGGGUAAAACCUACUACGCCAGGCAGAUAGAGAGGGAUCACUACAUACCAGAUACCGUGGUGCGAACGUCAACCAUUCCGGAAGAGUUGGGUCGGAUUAGGUAUCUCUUGUCGGAUAAAACAGGGACUCUCACCCAGAAUGAGAUGAUCUUCAAGAAACUGCACAUGGGAUCUGUGUCGUUUGGCGAAGACAGUGAACGCGAUAUGCAGGAACAUCUGUACGACGCCUUCUCCGCACCUGAACAUGUAGUAAAAACAAGGGCUCACGGCCGGACCAUCAGCGGCUUGAGCGGGAAUUUCGGCCAAUCACAAGCAAGCAGCAUUUCACCAGUCCAUGGGCACUGUUAUUGGUUACAUUCGACCAUUUGUUAUUGUUCCUCUUACAGCCCUUUUCAAUGUCAAAUCACAGGCGUAGUCUUUAUCAAUAUUUUUCUGCAUUCGAAGAAUUCUUGUCUGAACAAACAGCAACACUACCAAGCCGCGUCUCCCGACGAAGUGGCGCUGGUCAAAUGGGCUGUGCGAGUUGGGCUGACAUUGACAUUCCGCGACUUGAAUGAGAUGCACAUUGAGACCCCCUCGGGAGACCCUCUGAAAUACGAAGUACUGGAGAGCUUCCCAUUCACCAGUGAAACGAAGCGCAUGGGUAUCAUCGUGAGGGAUAAGCUUACGAAACAGAUAACAAUGUUCACAAAGGGUGCAGAUGUGAUCAUGACGAAGAUGGUGGCCUUCAACGAUUGGUUAGACGAAGAAACGGGCAACAUGGCACGGGAGGGUUUGCGAACUCUGGUAAUUGCUCGGAAGAUGCUGACACAGAAGGAGUACGACAACUUCAGUGCGGCCUUGAAAGAGGCUAAAACGCAAACAACCAACAGAGAUGCCGCAAUCUUGGAGGUACGCGAGUCGAUAGAGUUCGAACUGGAGCUCUUGGGAGUGACUGGAGUCGAAGACAAGCUGCAGGAGGAUAUAAAGCCCACGCUCGAGUUGCUGCGUAAUGCUGGUGUGAAGGUGUGGAUGCUAACGGGCGAUAAGAUGGAAACGGCUACUAACAUCGCCAUUAGUUCACGUCUGGUAUCGCGAAGUCAGACUAUUCAUCAAUUUAAGUCUGGUAUGCAUUCGAACCCUUGCUACUUAUGUGUCACAUAUGUAUGA